AUGUCGCCAUUACAGUUCAAGUACAUGGGCAGCGGUCAAGACUGGUACCGUGUUGGCGAAGUAAACCUGCCCGAGCGCAUGAGCCAAGCCUUGCAGCUCCAGCCUGAUUUCGUGGAAGUCAUCACCUGGAAUGACGCCGGCGAGAGUCACUACGUCGGUGACUUCUGGCAAGAACAAAUUGCAGGUAGCAAUAUCGGAGACUACGCCAACGGAUACGAUCACAAGGGCUGGUUGCAGGUCAUUACACCGUUCAUCAAAGCCUACAAGGGUGGCGCGACAAGUAUCUCUCAAAUUGUUCCGCCUAGCACUAAGCCUCUUGGUGCUUUUUGGUAUCGACCCCUUUUGACUACUGCAAGCUGCUCUUCUUCGAUUGCUAAUUAUCAAUCGGCUCGUGAUGCGGUGAACUUUGCUGUUAUCUUGCCUUCUGCUGGUUAUACUAUCAGGGUUUACAGUAACAGCAAAUUAAUUGGCAGUUUUGUUGGUCAAAAGGGAUUGAACUAUAAUAGUGUCUUAGGGCUUGCUGUUGGAGGUGGGCAGAUAAUUCAGGUCAUUGAUGGCUCUAAUCAGAUUGUUGCAUCAGCGAUUGGGACAAAGAAUGUCGUGGCGCAGAGUGCUAAUGCUACUUGCAACUGGAACUAUGAGGUCGUAGGUCUCUCUUGA